AUGGUGGCUUUCAGGUCAUGCUGGCACAAGCUCAGGGUCUCUAUCGAAAAGGAGGAGGAGGAGGAGGAGGAGGAAGAGGAGGAGGAGACGUGGCGUGAAAAGUCCUCGCUCAAACUUUUUUGUCAACAAAAUCUGCACGUCCAGUUCUCUCCCGCUCACACUCACAGGCAUAAGUUUUCACCCGGCCGCCUCCUGCACGCCGCUGGUGGCCGAAGUCGCCCGGGCGAGACCCGGGCCACGCAGGCGAGGCUCGUGCGUGACCAGCGCUACGGACUCAGGCCGUGGAGUCGCGGCGGAGGCCGGCCCGGGAGAAGUCGGCUCAAAAGAGACGUUACGCAACCGCCCCGCACCGACCGCCGGACGGCGCAGCCGGGGACGGGACACCGGACACCGGGCGGGCACCGCGCCGCCGAGGGCCAGAGGUGCAGCGCGCAAGGCCGCGAGCGCGCGUGGUGGACGGCGCGGCGCACGGAGGCCCAGGCUGGGCGGGGUCGGCGCCGCGGGACGCGGGGUCUGGGCCUCCGGACGCCGCCGCGCGAGCACAACAAAGCCGCCCCGCCGCCGCCACCCGCUGCUCCGCACCCGCCCGGGACCCAGCGGACGGGUUGUCCCUGUCCCGCAGGGCAGCUCGCCCGUGGGACCGGGCGGAGCCCUGUCCCGACAAACUUCCCGGCCGCGGCCCCUCACCUCCGGGAGCGCUCUACACCCUCGGCGGCGUCCUGGCCCGCGGCUCCGGGACCUCGCGCGCCGGGAGACCGGGCGCCGGUGGCGGCAGUGGUUGCUGACCCCGGAGGGUCGGGGGAGCCCGGGGAAGCGGCGGCGGCGCUGGCGGCGGCGGCUCCAUCUUCCCGGGGCGCUCACGCCGCGGUUCCGAAGCGCAGACCCGAGCGGGACAUUCGCUACAUUGUUGGCAUUCCACGGGCGUCACGUGACCCCUCCUCCCGCGUCACUCCCGGCCGCAUACCAGCCCGGGCGGGGCGCCCGCGGCCUUGCUACCCGCCGCCCGCUCCGCCCCACGGGCCGCUUCCUGCGCCGCCUGGCUGGGCGGCCACCUGCCCUGCGCUGGGCUCGCGUCGGAAGCCCCCAGCCCGGGAGCGCCGGUUUCCCUAAACGCCUCGUACCAGUGGGUGAGAAAAAUACCAGAUCAGAAAAAGAAAAAUGAAGUGUGUUAUCAUUAGAUGCUCGAAAAACAUGGCCAGAAGAAAGCCAGGAGGAGACCGUGAUAAGUCGACUCCAGGGCAGAAGUGGAAGCAGGCCUGUGAGGCCCUGGCUGCCAGAUUCCGAAGCAAAAGGAAGCAGUUGCUGCAAACUGUAUUUGAUUAUGGAUAAUGGAAGGCCAAGAAGAGUUGGAACCAGGCGGGGUGAAUGCCCCAGAACUAAUCCCUUUCCAAAGGACAGAAGUGAGAGAAAGGAUCAGAAUUUGAAAUAAAGCUACUUAGAAAGGGAAAGGGGCUGAAACAAAGUCAGGAGGAAAGUUGGUAUUUAAGGCAUGCAGAGAAUGGACUCUGAAAGAGUAGGCAGGAUGUUGGAGCAGCGGGGAUAUAAACAGACUGGAUAGAAGAGAUGACAUAGCUCUGUGGUUAAGUACCGUCAAAUUAAAAGCUAACGAGGCGGUAGUGUAUGCCCUAGCUACUCAAGCUGCUAAGGCAAGAAGAUUCCUUGAGCACAAAAAUUCACACACACACACACACACACACACACACACACACAAAGGUCUGGGUAAUGGAGACCCUGAAUAAACAAACAGACCACAACCACCACCAUCAGCUACAAAGCUGGACACAGUGGGGCACACCUGUAAUCCCAGCACUUAGAGAGCAGAGGUAUGAGAACCAGGAGUUAAGGUCAGCCUUAACUCCUGCCUAGCCUGGGCUACAAGAGAGCCUGUCUAAAAAACACAAAACGAAGCACA